AUGCCUGCAGGAUGGCCGACGAUUGCGGAGGCGGCUCAGACUGAGCUGUUGCAGCGGUUACCAGGGAAAUGGAGGAUUGAUCCCAAGCCAUAUGCUGGAUUGACCGACGUCACUCGGGUGCCGUUCACAUGCGGUAUCUUGACUGCAAGACAGAUCGCAAUCACAGAGCUCACUGUAACGGAGCUGUCUGGCCACAUCCGAACGCGGGCUCUGAGAGCCGUGGAAGUGCUUGAAGCCUUCGCUGCACGGGCUGCUAUUGCUCAUCAGCUGGUAUUUUGUCUCACAGACUGGUUCUACGAAGAAGGUCUCCGUCGUGCAAAGGAGCUUGAUGACAUUCUCGACAAUGGCGGCCAACCAUUGGGCCCGCUCCAUGGCGUCCCUGUAGCGCUCAAGGAUACUUACAGUGUAAAAGGCCACGUAACAACCCGCGGAUAUAUCGCCAACAAGGUCAAGUCAAACGUAUCAGAGCACGAUUCUGACGUUGUUCGAAUCAUCCGCGAGGCAGGCGCUGUCUUCUUCUGCAGGACUACCAUGCCCCAGACUGGAUUUGUCCUCGAGACGGUCAGUAACCUCUGGGGCCGCACGUUAAACCCUUUCAAUAGGCGGUUGGGCGCAGGAGGAAGUUCUGGUGGUGAUGGGGCCCUCGUGGCCAUGAGAGGAAGCCCAAUAGCACCGUCAUCGGACAUUGGUGGCUCAAUUCGCGCCCCGGCCGCCUUCAACGGGUUAUAUGCAAUUCGUCCAACAGCGAUGCGCGUUCCGAAGAACCUCUGGGAAGGCAGCAUGACAGGCCAAGUGUCGAUCAGGGACUCGGCAGGUCCCGUUUGUCACUCUAUCGACGACGUGCGUCUCUUCACCCGCCUCCUGGUCUCCAAUGAAGCAUCUCGAUACGACACCAAUGCGGUACCCAUGCCGUGGAGGCGUGUGACCAUACCGCAGAAACUUGCUGUUGGCAUCAUGAGGUGGGACCGCGUCGUGAUGCCUCAACCGCCGGUCUUAAGGGCGCUUGAUCAUACCAGGCGGGUUCUGCAGGAUGCUGGAUUUGAAGUGAUUGAUUUCGAACCUCCUUUUGACUGCUGGGAGCUAGCCAAAUGCAAUUUUGACAUCAACUUUCAGAUGGGCGGAGAAGACACGCUGAAGAGUGCCAAUGCGGGUGAAGAGCCUAUCAUCCCAGCCUUCGCUGACCUCCUCAGAGUGUACAAUGCCAGGUCUCUGUCGGCUUCUGAGGUCAUGAAGCUCAACCACCAGAUGAGAGCCUUCAAAGUCUUAUUCGCCAACGCAUGGGACCAGACAAAGGGCUCAACAAGAACUGGUCGCCCGAUGGAUGCGCUGAUAUGCCCCGUGGCUCCGUCGGCCGGGAUACCCCACGACUUUAACAUCUACUGGGGAUAUACAUGCAUGUACAAUAUCCUCGACUAUCCUUCCACGGUUUUACCAAUCCCGAAUUUCAAAAUCAGCCCGGAAGCUGAUCCGCCCAAUUCUGCGUACCGACCUACAGCCGCCAACCCGUACGAUGCGGCAAACCACGCCAUGUAUGAUCCGGCUUUGUUUUCAAACCAGCCGUCGACCGUUCAGAUUGUAGGAAGGCCUUACGACGAUGAAGAGCUCAUCGAAAUUACUGCUCUGGUGGAUCAAGAGCUUCAACGAGAGUCGAAACCAUUGCACAAGAUCUGA